CCUCUUCGUAGGCAGGGGGAGGCGGGGGGCUGGGCGAACGUCCUGUCCUACGCCUGCGCACUCGGACUAAGAUGGCGGCGGCGGCCCGCCUAGGCUGGGGAGUUGCUGCCGCUGCAGCGGGGCUGCGGAGGCGAUUCUGUCAUGUUACGAAUCCAUAUACCGUUAAGAAACAGCUUCUGCAUCAGUUUGUCCAAAGACCGCUUUUCCCACUCCCUGCAAUGUUAUGUAACACAGUGAGAUACAUGUUUAUUCAAACACAAGAUACCCCAAAUCCCAACAGUUUAAAGUUUAUUCCAGGAAAACCAGUUCUUGAGACAAGGACCAUGGAUUUUCCCACCCCAGCUACAGCGUUUCGCUCCCCUCUGGCUAGGCAGUUAUUUAGGAUUGAGGGAGUAAAAAGUGUCUUUUUUGGACCAGAUUUCAUCACUGUCACAAAGGAGAAUGAAGAAUUAGACUGGAAUUUACUGAAACCAGAUAUCUAUGCUACAAUUAUGGAUUUCUUUGCAUCUGGCUUACCUUUAGUUACUGAGGAAACACCUUCAGGAGAAGCAGGAUCUGAAGAUGAUGAUGAAGUUGUGGCAAUGAUUAAGGAAUUGUUAGAUACUAGAAUACGGCCAACUGUGCAGGAAGAUGGAGGAGAUGUAAUCUAUAAAGGCUUUGAAGAUGGCAUCGUACAGCUGAAACUCCAAGGUUCUUGUACCAGCUGCCCCAGUUCAAUCAUUACUCUGAAAAAUGGAAUUCAGAACAUGCUACAGUUUUAUAUUCCAGAAGUAGAAGGCGUAGAACAGGUUAUGGAUGAUGAAUCAGAUGAAAAAGAAGCAAACUCACCUUAAACUCAUUUGAGUUUUCUGUGGGCCCUGCAGUUGUACUUGUUGAUAAUAUGUACUAAGCUUUUAUUAUUAAUCUGCUAAGCAACUUGAGGAUUAAUAAAAUAUGUCCUUUCUUCAGAGAAUGAUAUAUAAAUAUUGCAUGUUUGCUUUACCUCAUAUGAGUUAUUUAUAACAUCCUGAAUCAUCUUCUGUACACGUGGAUUUUAUCCAGGGAUAUUUUUAUUUUUGUUCUUCAUUUCUCAUGGUUCCUUCUUUGCAUAAUGUGUGAAGCAGUUUAAAAUACAUUCCCUACCCCCAAUCUGAUUUAUUUACUCUUUACAUACAGAAGUAAACAGGGAGAAUCUUAAGAUAUUCUAAAAUGGUUUCACUUUUUAUGAGAUGUUUUAAACUAUUUUUACUGAACUUUUACCUUGUUAAACAGUAAAAAAUGUUAGUUUUUAAAUGAUAUCUAGUGACUCCCCUGGUGGUCCAGUGCUUAAGAAUCCACCUUGUAACAUAGGGGAUGCAGUUGGAUACCUGAUCAGGGAACUAAGACCCCACUUGCCACAGAGCAUUUGAGCCUGCAUGCCACAGUGAAAGUUCCCAAGUCCUGUGACCAAGACCCGAU